GAACAGAAAGCAUACCAACGAUGAAUCAUCUGUUUUUGUUAUCAGUCAUUCAGACCCUUUGGUGAUGGAUGGGUGAAUAGAUUGAGCCUAGAGCUGUAAGCCAGCUUGGCAGCUGGCAGAUUUUGCCCAUGUGGAGAAGAAAAGGCAUUUAUUGUGUUCCCUGCAAGUGAACCUUUGCAAGAAGUUCUUUUCUGUGGAAAAUGGAUGCCUGGCUCAGAGUAAAGGACAUGCACUGCACAAUCCCUAGCAGAAGCUGAGAAUGGAUGAUGUCUACUGAUGCCUUUCGAUGAAGUCAUCUCCUCUUUUUCUGUUUGAGAUGGGUGAUAGGAAAAUGUUCUAAAAUUAGACUGUGACCUCUUCAUCCCUUGACUUCUCUUUCCACAAGUCUAAAAACCACCUGAAGAAAUGACCACUCAACUACCAGAGGAGUCUGUGGAGACCCAGAGCUCAGAUGAGCUUGAGUGCAAGAUCUGCUACAACCGCUAUAACCUGCGACAGAGAAAACCAAAAGUGCUGGAGUGUUGUCACAGAGUGUGUGCCAAAUGCCUUUGCAAGAUCAUAGACUUUGGUGAUUCCCCACAAGGAGUCAUAGUGUGCCCGUUUUGCAGGUUUGAAACAUGCCUGCCAGACGAUGAGGUCAGUAGUCUUCCUGAUGACAACAACAUCCUUCUGAAUUUAGCUUGUGGGGGAAAGGGAAAGAAGUGCCUACCAGACAACCCAACAGAACUGUUGCUGACUCCCAAAAGGCUGGCAUCUCUCGUUAGCCCUUCUCACACCUCUUCUAAUUGCCUGGUUAUAACAAUCAUGGAAGUACAAAGAGAAAGUCCCCAGACUCUGAACUCAACCCCCGUGGUGGAAUUUUACAGGCCUACAAGUUUUGACUCUGUUGCAACUGUGUCCCACAAUUGGACAGUGUGGAACUGCACAUCUUUGCUCUUCCAGACCUCGAUUCGGGUGCUAGUGUGGUUGCUAGGGUUGUUGUACUUUAGCUCCUUGCCUUUAGGGAUUUAUUUACUGGUAUCCAAGAAAGUCACCCUUGGGGUUGUCUUUGUAAGCCUUGUUCCUUCGAGCCUUGUUAUUCUCAUGAUUUAUGGCUUUUGCCAGUGUGUUUGCCAUGAAGUUCUAGACUGCAUGUCAUCUUGAUAACAAAUACAGUAAAAUAAGGUGUAUUACCAGAUGUGUAGCAUAGUUGACUUAUCCUGGUUUUGUAUUCUUUGUAUUCUUAUUUAUUCUUACUGUCCAUCCCACUAAAUGGAAGCAAUGGCCCCAGUUACAUGGUCCCUUUUUUUCCAACUGAAUUUGACCCCCCUCCCCCCCGAGCUUUUCUUGAGCUAAGAAUUGGAAAUAAAAACUACAUGUUGAUUUUGAAGGGCUGAAUUUUAGAAAGGGAUAAAGCAAUAUUGCCAAACUUGGUGCCUGCUGCUUCUGCUGCUGCCACUUUCAAAUGAGUAGGACUUUUUCUUUGUAUUGGCUUGAUCAAGUCAGUUCAGGCUGUAGGAUUCACCCAGGAAGAAAUUACUGUAGCAGACACCUUCCAGAUACAAGUACUGCAUCUCUUCAGUCAAAGCUUCUCAUGCUCUGAAAUAUCUGUUAUUUAUAAUCCAUCAUAAUUUAUAGCAAAUUAAAUCCCUUUAUUAUUUAAUACUGUAAGAAGAAUAAAAAAAACUACCUUUUUUUUUUUUGUUCUUGUUAUAGCAAAAAUAUUUGUGGGAAGCCAACUUUUUUUGAAUGUUAAAAACUUUUCUCCAGAACGCUUUCCCCAAAGAGAAUCCCAUUUUUUGUUGUCAUACAGUUGCAGCUCACUGUGAAAUAUUCCUGCUAAUGAGUACUUCUGGGGACCCAGACACAUGUUUGCUGUUCUCCAGGUGCACUUACUUCAGUGUACAAACCUUAGGCUUCCCUUUGAGGGUUCAGGGCUCUGCAGAUUUCUCUAGCUAUGCUCUGUUAUGUUUACCUUCCCCUCCAGCAUUUCCACCACCACUAGUGACAUUCCCAAGCCACCAGUCCUUUCUUAAUGGAUGACCAACCUCAGGCACAUGUACUCUGCUGUAGCUGUGCUGGAGAAUUUGGUUUAUGUGACUUUAGAUCUCAAGACAGACUUGUUUUCCCAACCAUUUGGAAACAGAUCUUCAAUGACUAAUAUAAAUUUGAGAAAAAAAAUCUAUCUGGGGGUUAACUGGGGUUUUGUUUGGUUGUUUUUUUGGGUUUGGGGUUUUGUUUGGUUGUUUGUUUGUUUGUUUUUGUUCUGAGUUCACAGAAUGAGCAUUGUAAGGAGAUACUGUGACUUUGGGAAGGUUUCUGUUUAAGGCAUAGUCCUUCAAAAUGUUUACUACUCUGAACUCCCCCUGUCACCACUGUGAGUUGACAGCAAUCUCGAUGUGGCAAUUAGCAUGUCUCCAUUAGUGGAGCUCAGAGAAAUUACUGAUACUUUACCAUUCCACACAUGGAAUCAGGCCCUGUAAGGCUUGCUUGUAUGUUGCAUGGUUUAGGCUACUUUUUGAACUACUGGAAGAACACAAAAAUAAGUACUAUUUAAUGUUUAUGUGUAUAACUAGGUCUAGCAACACCACAGCUGCAAACUGGUUUUCUUGUGCACAGCAAAGUGGAGUUGAGCAGUGCAAGCCUGGUUUUUGGGUCUGGCACAAGAUUUAGUCAUUUCAGGGCAGUGUAAAAGGGAGAGGGGUUUGUUGCAUGAAAAUUGAAUGUAUGGCCUAACAAUAUACUCUUAGAGCAAACAGACUUUGGUAAGAAUGAAAAAAUGACAGUGGGAAAAGCAGAGCCUGUCAAGAGGAUUUGAAGUUAAGCUGGUUCGAUUUUUCUAGAUGGCACAGGUGGUAUCUGCAGUUUUAUUCCUAUUGCAAACAGAGAAAAUGUGGAAAUGUAAAGGUCCUGCUUUUCUUGACACUCAUUUUAUAAUAGUGCGUAUAUAUGUGUGUGUAUGUACAUAUAGACACAUAUGUAAGAAGAAAACUUACAGAGAAAUUAUAGUUUUCAAGUGUAUGGAGUUAUGGAGCUAUGUAUUGAAUGAUUAAAGGAAAUGUUUCAGACUUUUCUGUAAUGACAAUAAUUAUACCUAAAAUAUUUCAGAAAUCCUAGCAAAUACUGUUCCUAAGUAAUUGUUUUUAAUGUUUGUGGUAAAGCACAUGUAGUUAGAAGAGGAAUCAUCUCCAGUCAAGGUUUGACUCAUCUAUGAACUUAUAAAUUUUAAAUACCCAACAACAAUCAUGUCAAAAAGAAAGAAAAACAGAAACCUGUGUGGUUUUAUAGAACUUCAUAACUUCUGGAAAGAUGUAUUUGUAGUGUUAGGGGUUUAUAUGUUUUAGGAUUUGUUCAAUUUGUCUGAAUAUAGUGUCUCUAAUAAAGGGCUAACAGAGGAUAUAGGUUUUGCAAGUGUGUGAUAUAUAUGAAUUACCUCUGCACAACAUGCUCUACAGUGCUACCUGUUGUCUUUUCCUUUUGAUUUUCAGCUGAUUAUCUUAGCUCCAGCACCAGGUAUUUUAAAAUACUCUGUUUUAAAACAGAGCCUAAUUGUAGCAAAAUUACAGUGGUAUCAGUUACACAUCACAACACAAAUUAAUACACCUGUUAUACUUCUAUACUUUUCAGACUGCCAGCCCAUUAAAUUUAUGCUGCUGUUUCAGGCUGUGCUGCAAUAUAAACCCACUCAAAGAUGCAAGUGUGCAAAAGCAUUAUUGAUUGUACAGCUAUGCUGCCACUCAGCCAGAGCAUGCUAUUGCAGCUUUGGGGUCAUAAAUUACCUAUAUGACUUACAAUAUGGCCACUGAGAAUUGCUGGGAGAUAAAUCUCAAUUAUUUGUGGAAAAGAAUUUUUGCUGUGUGACUGAGACUAGAAGAACUUCAGAUAUUAUGCUUUCCUUACUUUUAUUCUCUACCAUCCUUUAGACUUUGAACUGAAAACUCUUGUGUCCUCUGCAGUGGAAUAACUGUGCUAAAAUCGAUGUAAAUGGGGCUAAAAUCAAGACUUGCAUACUCCUCUGCUUGCUUUUCCUUCCUUUUCUCUGACUGUUUUUCUCUCCUUGGAAAGUAAUGGCUCCUGGGGUUGUAAAAUACUGCCUGCACACCAAGGCAAUUCUCUUUCGAUGGGAUUUAUUCCUGCUAUGCACAGACAUGACUCAGCCAAAGUACUAAGUGCUAGAAAUUCAUUACUACAGGAUUAAUUUAGUCCAAAUGAGAUUUUUGUUUUGUUUUGUUUUUAAUUCCUGCUUAUCCUAUGGAUGCAGACUGUAUCCUUACCAGCUGCUCAUUUACAGCAUGAUAUCAGCCCCUGAGGGCUGGGGCAGGAUGAUGCAGGAGCAGCUGCUGGGCACAGCUUAGGAAGGAUGUGCUGAUCUGGACCACCCUGUGAGCAGGACUGGGUGAGGGAUGAAGCUCUGCAGGUGUGGCUUGAGCCCAGAGCCCAAAGGGCAAUUAACAGAGUCUGUGGGUUCUUACAUAGGACAUGAGGCUGACAGAGAAGCUGAGCAAAGCAGAGAGGGGGUUUUGUCUAUGCCUGGGACAAAGGUGCUGUGUUUUGAAUAAAUAUUUUGGGGUAGAGCUGCUGCAAACAGUUGGAUGUUUUUCAUACUGGCCCUUCUGGGAUUUAAAAUUAAUUUGGUAAUUAAAUUAAUUCACUACUGUUAUUAGAGUACAUUUACUUUCCAAAUGGCAAAGUAUUGAACUUCAUUCUAAUUUAUCAGGUCCUUAGAUCUGGGCAUAAUCCCACUGUUAUGUUAACUAUUUAAAGCUACAGGAGUGGCCAAAGUAAGGGCUGAUGGCUUUGACAACUUCAUUGUGAGCUUUGGUAGGUCCUGCUAUAUUGAUUACAGGCCCACAAUAGUGUAUAUGCUGAUAUAAAACAGUUAAAAUGGGCAAACCCUUGUCCUGAUAACAUUAUUGGCAAACUUCAGGGUUGCCAGUAUUUUACCAUGUACCCAAAAAUAGACUCUUCCAAACAGACUUGAUUACCUGAGGAUACAGAUAAGUUGGUCAGCGCAUGAUGCUGAUGACACCUAGGUCAUGGCUUCAAUCCCUGUAUGGACCAUCCACUUAAAAGUUGGACCCUAUGAUCCUCGUGGGUCCCUUCCAACUCAGAGAAUUCUCUGUGGAGUCCAGCAGUACACAGCCAGAUAGACAAGAACAGAACAGGAAAACACAGCUUUCCACCUAGGUGGCUACACUUCAACCUGAGGAAGAGGAACUGAAGACGUUCACAGGAAGGUGGAUGUUGUUUUUGGGGGAGUUCCUUGUUGCUGGGUACAGGGCUAUUGUUUUUCUUAAUUUUAACAAGUUCUACUGGUAGAUUAAACUCACCAUUCCUCUUACUUUUCUGCCCCAUCUCAUGAAACCAGUCUACGUGAGACUGUGGAUAAACAGCAAUUUGAAAUGAAGCAAUCUUUUCUACUACACUGAGUUUGCAGCCCAGUCCAGCGCAGCAAGGCUAAUACUGAAAAUAUGGCAAAUUGCAGCCAGGAUGUGAGAGUGAACAGUGUGCAGCGGGUAAGCAGCAGCAUGUUGUUAAAACAGGUUUGAUGUCAAAGCAAGAAAAAUAUGUGGCUAUAUCCUUCCUUGUCUUGGCUGGUUCAAAAUCAUUGAGAGGCUGUCCCAAGCCUGAGGGCCACCAUGGCUCAACACCCACCCCUGCAUUACCUCUGGGACAGCUCAGAUUCACUUCAGCUUCAAUUGAAUCUUGAUUUCUUGUACAGGAGUUCUACAUCUUUAUUUUAGAUUUAGAUUUAGAUUUAAGAUCUACAUCUUUACAUUAUUUCCUCUUCCUCCAUCGAUUAUGGGUAGAGUGAAAGAUCCACAGUGUUACUCUCUUAAACAUUUUGACUAUCCUAAGGUUUCUCAGGGUUGGGUUUUUUCCAUGCCUUCAUAUUUAUUUCUGCAAAGCAAGACAGUGCACUUCAUUUUAAACAGAGUAGUGCCUUCAAAGAUUUAAAAAAAAAAAAAGAA